AUGCUAGUUCUGCCAGCUCCUCAUCCUGAUAAAGGGGAGUAUUGCGAAGUGGAGCGUGCGAAAGCCCAACGAUGUCAAGUUUCGCCACCAGGAGAACCCAGCAAAACCAGCCAUGAGAAUCUGCUUACUCAUUUCGCAUCAUGGGCACCUUGUAACCAGCCAUGGCGGCAUAGGCCUCGUGCCCUGGACAAGUUCGUGAUGUUCCUCGCGAAACGCGACGGCAUUGACAAGCUGGUGAAGACAUUUCAGUAUGUCUUCAAGCUCGCUCACUGGCAGCUCCUGAGAACGAAUAAAGAUUUGGCCGACCGAGCUCAGAAAUUCGAGGUCGGGUGUGGGCUAAGCCGCAAGGCGUUCCGGCUGGGUCGCUUCCUGACCGGUUUCAAUAAUCUCCGGACAACCCAGUACUCCGACUGGAAGGUGACAACUCUUACCGUGGUUGGCAGCGCUGGUGAAAUGGUUUACUUCUUCUUUGAUCACCUCACAUGGAUGUCCAAAGUCGGCCUUCUCGAGCCAAAGCUAGCCGCCAAGGCCGCAUACAUCUCAGCCUAUGGAGAAACCGUUCUCUACCUGUGUUUCAUCUCCCUGGACAUUAUCAUGAUCAAGAGGGGGAUGGAGCAGGAGAAGCAGCUUCAGGCGAAGCUCAAGGAGCUGCACCAGCGAGCAGAGGCCCUUGCCCUCACAGCAAAGAACAGCCCGCGCCACGGAAAGAGCAGCGGCGGUGAUGAUGGCACUGAUAGCAGCAUGUGUGCAUUCAGUAAUGACGCAUCCAGGCGCAGCAGCUUUGAGAGUCAUGACUGUGGGAAGAGCAACAGCAGCCAGGGAAGCGAAGGUGAGAAUGGAUGGCUGGCUGCAGCAGCACCAGAGGGGAAGACAGCCCCUGCAGAUGCACCACCAGAGGGAAAGGGCGCUCCUGCUGCUGAGACAGCGGAUGGAGGGCAUGGAAGUAACAACUUGCCGCUGUUGUGCACAUGCAAGGAGGCUUAUAUUGAGGAAUUGAGAAGGCUGGAAGGUGAAGCGAUGAAGAUUAAGAUUGCGCUGAGCUCCAUCAGAAUGGAGAGGCUGAUGCGAGUAUUGAGUAUUGCCGGGCAGUUUGGAGAUCUUUUGAUUUCUGUUGCUCAGGUGGAGCCUAAUCCGGUGUGCUGCCACCCGCUUACGUUGGGCUUGAGUGGGUUGCUGUCAGCAUGGACUGGUUGGUACCGUUUGUGGCCCGCGAAGUAG